AACUGACUUAUAUCAGAAGUAUCGAAUUCAUGGAUUUUACGCAAUUUACCUUCUUCCUGCUAUUCUUUAUUUAUCCUCUGAACCAACGAGCAAAGGCAGGCGGUAGGACAUCAGCCCUGUGUCAGGAUGAGAUUUCGACUUGUCCCGAAUGGGCAGAACUUUGUAAUGGAUAUUUACAUGUAAGGCAAAAGUGUCCGCUGACCUGUAAGCAGUGUGUUAACAAUUCGCCUUUCACGCUUGUAACACCUUUGACGUCAUCACGUCACCUCGUCUCAACGCGAUGUACUUUAUUCACCACCAGAACAAGUACCGUUGAAAUUAUCAAUAGGGGGACGUCGUUAAAAAACACCAUAAUAACACCAGCGGCAUCAACAACACCAGCGGUAUCAACAUCACCAGCGGCAUCAACAACAUACUUCACUCGAGUGAAUGCACUUUUGACCUUAGGGAUCAUUUGGAGUCAUAUUCUCUGUCACUGAUGAUGUCACAAGUUGCUAAAAACAAGUAUCACAAAAUAAUUGUUCACCUGUUGCGCCAGGAAACAUCACCUACAAAAUUUCGAUUAU